GGCUAAUUAAUAAAUAUCGACUAAACAUUAGUAUGGCUAAAUCAAGCAUGAGAAUUAUUUGAGGUGUGUGGAAGUUUGUGGCAUCUGAUUCAUCCACAUCAGCUGGGUUUGUUGACAAAAACACAGCCCACCGAUCCAUCAGAUGACAGAAUUAGGAGCAGAAGAGAAUGAGCUCGACAAUAGAAAUCAGCAGCGUUCAUUUGCCUUGGCAGGAAAAGUUUCAACACUUCGUUCAUUGGCCCUUGACAUCGAGAAUGAAGCUUACGAACACAACCGAUUACUGGAUGGAAUGGGCAACGACUUUACCAGCAGUGAUAGUUUAAUGGGGGGAAGUAUUAACAGGGUGAAGAACCUUCUGACAUCCGGACGACAAAAUCGCAAAGUCAUGUGUUACAUGGCAGGCUUCAAUCUAUGUAUUUUCAUGGUCUGGUUUUUUCUCUUCGCGUAUUUUUAGCGGUCAGUGAACGCUUUAGCAAGGUAAAUAUAUUUAUUUUUAGGUAUGUUUAUCCAGUGGUAUUUUUAUAUAAAUUAUGUGAAACUACUGCAGUACAUUCCAACUUCGAUUCUAGAAAAGAGCAGUUUACUUAUUAUUUUAACUUAUCUUGAUCCCAAUUAAUGUGGCUCACUAUUGAAAACAUAUACAGUAUCAGUAU